CUCCCUCAUAUCCGUCACCCUCCGUCUGUGUCGCUCACUCUCUCGCCCACUAUGGCCACCGUCCUCAAAACGACUCCGUUCAGAGCUCCUCUCCCACCUCGAUUAACCGUCAUUUCAGUGAAUGGUUCGAGGCCAUUUUGCCUCUCAUUUAAGCCUAGAAGCAUUGGCUCCAAACUUUCUCUUGUAAAUCCGCUACUCUUCGCCGGUGAGUCUUCUCUCCGGUUCGUAAACUUCGUUCCUUUCGCUUCACAGGAAGGAAAAAUUGAAACUGCAGAGACCGAGGAGACCCUUCAAGAACCUGAAAUCGAGGGUUCUUUAGAUGGUGCUGUUGUGGUGGAAGACGAUGCUAGUGAGGAGGAUACUACUGAAGAAAUACCUGCUUCAGCCAUCAUAGAGUCUCUUCAAUCCUACAAAGAAGCCCUGGCAAGUAAUGAUGAGGCAAAAGUUUCUGAGGUAGAGGCAUUUCUACAAUCUCUGGAAGAUGAGAAAAUUGACCUAGAAAAGAAAGUGGCUGUGUUGUCAGAAGAAUUAUUAAUAGCAAAGGACAGGAUACUUAGGAUUAGUGCAGACUUUGAUAAUUUUAGGAAGAGGACAGAGAGGGAUCGCCUUUCACUAGUUACAAAUGCCCAAGGGGAAGUUGUGGAGAAUUUGAUACCUGUUUUGGACAAUUUUGAAAGGGCUAAAACUCAGAUUAAGGUUGAGACAGAGGGAGAAGAAAAGAUCAACAACAGUUAUCAGAGCAUAUACAAGCAAUUUGUAGAAAUUAUAGCAUCUCUUGGUGUUGUCCCUGUGGAGACGAUUGGGAAACCCUUUGAUCCAUUGUUGCAUGAAGCAAUUAUGCGGGAGGAAUCCACUGAAUAUGAAGAAGAUAUCAUAAUCGAAGAAUAUCGUAAAGGGUUCAAACUCGGCGACAGGCUUUUGCGCCCUUCAAUGGUCAAAGUUUCGGCUGGACCGGGGCCUGCAAAGCCUGAACAAGAAGGCCCUAAGGAACCUGAACAGGAAGUGCCGGCAGAGGAGGAAGUGGUUAAUGAAAGUGAAAGUGCAGAAGAGAGCAGCACAGAAGAUGGGUCAGCUUGAAGACACAAAUGUGCAAGCUAUAGUUUUCUUCUUUUUUUUUUUAUAAGCAUAAGCUGUAUCACUGUCACCAUUAUUUUGUCAUGACUGGAGUUUUUGUUGGGAUGUAGGUGUGUAGAAGGAAUCACAAUUUGCCUAUAUUCUUUCUUGGUCUUCAUUUGUAAUAGUGGAAUGAAUUAGGCAGCAUUUGAGUACGGCAUACUUUUUUGUAGAACUCAGUGUAGUGCCUUCACUAUUUUGAAUUUUAUUUUUUUUUCCUUGUGGCAGAAAUUGUAGCCA